AUGGCUCAGGCCAUUUCUGAAGAAGAUCUGAGAGAUCCACAUGGUCCAAAGCGCGCAUCAGAUGUCACACUUCCUGACCCAGAUUCGAAGUGGAACUUGAUUCCUCUUAUUCUUAAAUCCACAGGAUUGAUCAAGCUUCAAUUAAAUUCAUUUAAUGACUUCAUUGAAUCAGGUUUAACUAAAAUUAUGAACGCAAAUAAGGAAGUUAUAUUUUCAGAAAACCCGCGCGUUUACAUUCGUUAUAAAAACAUUUAUGUCGACCGUCCAAAAAUUCGUAACCAAAUUCUUACGCCUCAAAUGUGCCGUCUUUCCGAUGAAACUUAUUCAGGAAACGUUUUAGUUGACUACGACUUUGUUAACGGCUCCACAGUUAAAUCAUUUAAUAACCAAUGCAUCGCGAAGUUACCGAUUAUGCUCCAAUCGAACCGCUGCUACUUAUAUAACGCGAGUGAUGAAACAUUUGCAAAAUACGAUGAAUGCAGAUACGAUCCCGGUGGCUAUUUCGUCAUCAACGGCACAGAGAGAGUCGUCCAUGUCCAAGAACAAUCUCCUUACAACAGAAUUUUAAUUGAGCACCUUGCGAACGGAAAUAAGACUGCUGUUGUCAACAGUUCAACUUCUACCCACAAGACACGUGUCGAGCUCAUAUGGAAGAAAGAUACCCUCGCUUUACAUCAUAAUGCUCUUAGCGAAGAUAUCCCAAUUUUUGUUCUCUUCCGCGCUAUGGGCGUUACAUCAGAUCAAGAGGUUAUCCAACUAGUUGACCCUACAGGUGCUGUUGGCCACCUUUUGAUGAGCAGUUUGCAAGAAAUUAUUAAAUUAGAAAUUUCAACACAAGAUCAAGCCAUCCAACUCAUAGAACGUCGCCUUAAAUUCUUAACAAUCACAGGUAUCGAUGCUACGCGCGAAGAACGAAAUAUGAAGGGAUAUAAAGGCCGUGAAUUCCUCCGUUCCAUGGUUCUUCCUCAUAUCCCAUCUACACUUACAGACUUCCGCCGUAAGUCCGUUUUCGUCGGAUUUAUGACUCGUUGGCUCUUAUUAAGCGCUAUCGAUCCUCGAAUGAUCGACGGACGCGAUUUCUUCGGCAACAAACGUCUCGAAUUAGCAGGUGAAUUACUUGAGCUUCUUUUCGAAGAUCUUUUCAAGACAUUCAACGCUUCAAUGCAGAAAACCGUAUCUCGUACGAUUAACAAAUCGAAAGGUAUCGAUCCAAGCAAUAUCGCGCAAGCAAUGCACAGCGAAACAAUUACUCACGGUCUCAAAUACGCCAUUUCCUCAGGAAACUGGAAUAUCACCAGAUUCAAGAUGAUGAGAGCCGGCGUUUCCCAGUUGCUUGGCCGUAUGUCAUACCUUCAAUUUGUAUCCAUGGUUACCCGUAUUUCCUCCCAUUUCGAGAAGACACAAAAAGUGGCAGGAGCACGUCUUCUUUAUCCCUCUCAAUUUGGCUUCAUUUGUCCCUCAGACACUCCAGAAGGUGCCCAAUGCGGUCUGAUCAAGAAUUUCGCAUUGACAGUCCAUGUAACUGUUUGGGCCGAUCCAGCUCCAGCCAGACGAACUCUUCUUGACUUAGGAGUUGAAGAACUCGUUGUUUUUUCAGGCGAAGAAAUCUCAAACAACUACAUUGUCAUGCUCAACGGCGAACCCAUUGGAAUCAUCGAUGAUCCAUACUCCAUUUGCCGCAGAUUCAGACAAGUCAGACGUCGUCAUUGGGUUGACAAAUUCGCUGCAAUUUGGAUUGUCGAAGCCAAGAAAUGCAUCAACGUUUCGACAGAGGCAGGACGUGUUUGCAGACCAUUGAUCAUUGUUGAGGACCACAAAUCGAAAUUGACACAGGAAUUGAUGGACCAAGUCAACCGCGGAGAAAUCAAUUUCGAUUAUCUCUUGGACAAUGGUAUAAUCGAGUACGUCGAUGUCAAUGAAAUGACUGAUUGCCUCAUCGCAUUCAACGAUAAAGAUAUCGAAGAAGAAAGGAAGAAUUGCGUCAAUGAUCCUCCUCUCGCGAAAGGAGAACUUCGAUAUUUCACACACCUUGAAAUCCACAAUGCACAAAUGCUUGGUGUUUGCGCAGGUGUCGUUCCAUGUCCUCACCACAACCAGUCUCCUCGUAAUACUUACCAAUGCGCUAUGGGUAAACAGGCAAUUGGUCCAACAGCUCUCAACAUCAUGCACAGAGUUGACAAAUCCACAUAUUUCAACUGUUACCCACAGCAACCAAUGGUACAGACGAGAACAAUCAGAUUGUCAAGGUACCACGAGAUGCCUUGUGGACAGAACGCAAUGGUCGCUAUUAUGUCUUAUUCAGGACAUGAUAUCGAAGAUGCCCUUCUUAUGAACAAAGCAUCGUUGGACAGAGGUUUCGGAAGAAGAUAUUAUCUUUCAAAACUUGAUUUGAUGCUAAAGAAUUAUCAAGGAGGAGUUAUUGGUGAUAGAAUCGCUCCUCUUGAUAGAGAAAGGCCGGAAAACAUUGCAAGUCCACAGUAUUCUUUGUUGGAUGCAGAUGGUAUCAUAAGACCAGGAGAAAGAAUCGAAAAAGGAAUGAUUUACGCAAAUAAAUAUGUUCCUUUGAAUUUCGAGGAAUCUCCUGUCAAAUUCAUGGCACAACCAGCUCGUUACAACUAUUAUCCUGUGAUGAUCCAAAACGUGUCUGUCUAUACAACAGAAACAACACAGGUCAUCAAGAUUAAAACAGCUGAUUUCAGAAGACCAGAACUAGGUGACAAAUUCUCUUCAAGACAUGGACAAAAAGGUGUCAUCGGUUUAAUCGUUCCUCAAGAAGACAUGCCAUAUACAGAGGACGGAAUCUGUCCGGACAUGAUCAUGAAUCCACACGGUUUCCCAAGUAGAAUGACUGUAGGAAAAAUGAUCGAACUCGUGUCAGGAAAAGUCGGAAUUCUCACAGGAAGAAUUGGAAAUGGAACUGCUUUUUCAUCUGACAGAGUCAAAGAUAUCGCUGAUGAUUUGAUCGCUGCAGGUUAUUCUUACUCAGGAAAGGACAUGCUCAUGUCAGGAAUCACUGGAGAACCUCUCUACGCGUACAUCUUCUUCGGACCUGUUUUCUACCAAUCAUUGAAACACAUGGUCAAAGAUAAGAUGCAGGCAAGAGCUACAGGACAAGUUCAGUACUUGACAAGACAGCCAACACAAGGAAGAUCAAGACAGGGUGGUAUGAGACUCGGUGAAAUGGAAAGAGAUUGCUUGAUCGGUUAUGGAGCUGCUUCAAUCCUUUACGAGAGAAUGUUGAUUUCUUCUGAUGUUUAUGAAGCAAAUGUUUGCGCUAAAUGCGGAUUCAUCGGUUACGAAGGAUACUGCACACACUGCAAGACAAAGGAGUACAUGAAGAUUGUUAGAAUGCCUUACGCUUGCAAGCUUUUGUUCUAUGAAUUAAUGGCAAUGGGAAUCGCUCCAAAGGUCAGAUUAGAAGACCUUUAA